UCAGAGGCCCCGCCCACAGAGGAGGACACACAGAUGAUUGGCUGGAACAGACAGGGCGGAGCCACAUUCCAGCUGUCUGCAGAGCACUGACGCAUCACUCAUCUCAACGUCAAAGUACACCACCGGCCUCCAGUCCCCUCUCUGGCUAACCUCCAGGACUCCUGCACAGCGACUGGCUCCCCCCACCAACCUGACAGGCUCUGAACACAAACAGGAGAGUCAUCAGGGAAAGAAUAAACUCUGAUGUCCCAGCGAGGUCCUCACUAUAUAUCUGGGGACAGGAAGAGUCCCUCCUCUGUCCCUCUGUCCCUGCUGUGUCUGUCCACUGUCAUGUGUCCCCAGGCUGUCUGUGAGGUCUGACAGCAGCGGAUGUUUCCAUCAGAUUACCUCAUGCUCACUCGCCCGCUCACACUGACCGAGAGCACAGACAGGGGGCGGGGCCUGGCUGCAGUGACUCCGCCCCCUUCGCUCCCAUUGGCUGAUGAGGCUGAUGAUGAAGAGACACAAACAGGAGUUUUCUCUCCUCCUGCGCCUCCUUGGAGCUCCCCCUCUCCUCCUCUCCCUCCAUCCCUCCUCCCCCGGCCUCCUUCUGCUCCUCUUUCUGUCUCUGCUCCUCCUUUUAUUUCACCUCCUCCUGUAGUUCAUUUUUUGCUUCCUCCUCCUUCCUCCUCUGCUCCUCCAUCCCUCCAUCCUUCACCUCCCCCUGUGUUGUCUCCUAACUCUGUCUCUUUUUCUCCUCCUCUCCUUUAUCACCGCUCCUCUCCUCACGUUUCUCCUCCUGCACCUCCUCCUGUGUUUUUCACUCCUUUUACCUCUGCCAUUUGUUCUACUCUUUCUUCUUCCUCUCCUCCUGUUGCUCCAUCUCUCCCUCCUCCUCCUCCCCCUCCUGUCUCUUCUCCCCCUCCUCCUCCAGUCUCUUCUCCUCCUCCCCCUCCUCCAGUCUCCUCUCCUCCCCCUCCUCCAGUCUCUUCUCCUCCCCCUCCUCCAGUCUCUUCUCCUCCUCCAGUCUCUUCUCCCCCUGCAGUUUCUCCUCCUCGUCUCCCUGUAGCUCCUCCUGCUCCCUGCUGCUCCUGCUCCUCCCUGCUGCCUCGUCUCCUCUCGGCUCACCGUUUGGAGGUGCGGCGCCUCCUGCGAGGAGCUCUGGCCUCCCUUGGCCGUCGUCUGGACUCUCUGGAGAGGAGGAGCAACAGGAGCAGCAGGAGGAGGAGGAAGAAGAGGAGCAGGGUGACCGCUGAAGAAGAAGAAGGAGCAGCCUUUCCCUCGGGUUCAGGAGCCACCCCAUACAGCCCCGCCCCCUCCUGCAGCCCCGCCCACUGGCCUUGUGUCACCUUCUCCUCUUCGUCAGCGUCUUCAUCGGAUGGCGAGGAUGCACCUCCUUCCCUCAGUGUGAGCCAAUCAGAGCAGAUCAGGAGGAGCAGGGGGGAGGACGAGGAGGGCAGCGGCAGGAAGAGGAGGAGGAAGAACCACAGAAGAAGGGAGACAAGUAUUUUUCCAGAAAACAGAGAAGAAGAAAACGAAGAAGAAGAAGAAGAUGCUGGGAGGUUUGUGGGACGGAUGGCGUUCUCCUUCAGAGAAGCAGGAGGAGGUGCAGAAGAGCACAUCGUUCUGCACAAGUUCAACCACAGGAAACACAGAAGAAGAGAGGGGGGCGAGAACAACCAAUCAGAGAAGACCGUCAGUGUUGUCAGACGGAACGGUUUCAGAGUGCCGCCGCUGCUGCACGGCUCCUCUUCCCAGCAUGCCUUGCAGCUGGAGCAGCUGGCCCGGAGCCAAUCAGAAGCCCUGGCCGUGUCUUCGGGUCAAUGGCGUUUCUGUGACGUCCCCCUCUCCUCCAAUCACAGCUCUUUCCACAUAUGGCACCUGAGCUCCUCCCCCUCAUCAUUUAGCCCUGCCCCCAUGCUGCGGCUGUCAGCGGUUGCUGUGGAGACCUUGUCAGAGGCAGUGAGGGGCGGAGCUUGUUGGCGUCCCCUGCGGCGCCUGAAGGACUGGACAGCCCCGCCCAGUCUGAGCAGUGACCACUGUUAUGUGCGAACACCAACACCAAGUUUUUCUGCCCGGCGACAGCAGAAGCAACGGGCCAAUCACAGCUCCCGGAGCCUCCACCUGACCCGGCGACGGCCCCUCCCCCUCCCCCUGUGUUCAACCAAUAGGCUGUCUGCUCCGCUCGCCGUCAGCCAAUCAGCAGAGGGCUCAGAGUUUCUCAGCACAAAUGGAGAGCGUGGGAAACGAGUCUCACAGAUACGAAUUCGCCGGGCAUCGCCACGGGAAACGCCGCUCACUCCGAUGGGACUGCCAAAGGUCAAAAGGCUAAAGAAGAAAGAGUUCAGUCUGGAGGAGAUUUACACCAACAAGAACUACAAAUCCCCCACAACCAACAGGAGUCUGGAGACGAUCUUCGAGGAGCCACGGGAGAAAGACGGAGCGCUGCUCCUGAUUGGCCAACAGAGGAGGCGCAGGCUCCUCCUCUUCCCUGACUUCACUCAGCCCAGGAAGAGGAAGAGAAUGCCAGGGGCGGGGCUUCCUGUUGCCCUCGUGCCCCGGAAACGGGCAGCGGCUCGGCGCCAUUGUCAUGGCGACGGCAGUGACGACUCAGACCUGGACGUGAUGCUGGUGGAGCGACUGAGUGCGCUCGAGGACUUCCUGACACGGCAGGGCCUGGACGUGUGAGCUGUAACAUCACUUCCUGUCAGCUGACCAAAGGCCAAACAGCUGCUAGCCUUCUUUUUUUUUGCAGUGAACUUUGAUUUUGUUUUUUACGGUUUAAAAUGUGAACUUUCUCAAUAUUUAUAAUAGUUUUUUAACAGAGAUCAUGACCAUGAGACCACGCCCACUCUUGAGACCACACCCACAUUAGACCACACCCACGCAUGAGACCACACCCACUCACGAGACCGCACCCACACCAUGAGACCACACCCACUCAUUAGACCACACCCACACCAUGAGCACACACCUACUCAUGAGAUCACACCAUGCAGCAGAGGGUUUUAUUUUCUUUCCUUUUUUUUGUUUGGUGAAAUACAAAAAUACUUUGCUGUACUUGUCUGUACCACAAUAAUAGUACUGAGUACUGCAGCAGUGUUGGUGAAGUAUUUGGAGUUUUUAAAGUGUAAUAUAUAUUUCUGAUGAAAAUGAGACUAUUUUUGGAACAAAUAAAGUUUGUUUCUGCUCACUGAA